GAGGAAGGGGACCCUAUUCUUCCAUAGGUCUUGCAAAGUGAGCCAUUUCGUUUCUGGACCUUCUCUCUCUCUCCGUCUCUCUGAUCUCUCUCUCUCUCUCUCUCGUCUUGAGUCCUUUUAAGUGUUGCGUGACUUUAGUCGAAGUGAAGGAUCAGAAAGAAAGAGGACCUGAAAUGGUCAAGCACGAGCUGCAUGUUCUCCAUUCUCUUCCUGAUGAUCAGCUUCCUUAUGAGCGAAGCUCUCUUCAUCUCUUUUCUGAGCAUUAAUUACUAUAUUCGUUGAUCGUUUAAAUCUUUGUACAGAAGCCAAACUGGUCAUUGCCAUUGACUGCUUUCUUAAAAGCCUCCACUUCCAAAUAACUAGUUUCUUUUAGCUCACACCAGAAAGCAAUACUCAGCUGGUCCAAUAAAGAGAAGAUAAUUAUUGAUCACAUCAUCACAGGGUGACCAAAACAAUGAGUAGGGAACCCCAGAACUCAGAAACUGAAAGCAGCUCAAACUCUUUCUGUUCCAACCCUCCAUCCCCAUCCUCACCCCGAAAUUCCAAACCCCCAUUGCCAGACUCCAGAAAAGACAAGCGAAUCCGGGACUCCACCAAGAACGUGCCAGUAUACCGCGGCGUUCGCAUGAGAAAUUGGGGCAAAUGGGUCUCCGAAAUCCGCGAGCCCCGCAAAAAAUCCCGCAUAUGGCUCGGCACUUUCCCCACCGCGGAAAUGGCAGCUAGAGCCCACGAUGUCGCUGCGCUGAGCAUCAAAGGAAACUCCGCUAUACUCAAUUUCCCGGAGCUCGCCCACUCAUUGCCUCGCCCCGUCUCUCUCGCUCCACGUGAUGUGCAGGCCGCGGCGGCCAAAGCAGCACAGAUGGAUAACUUCGACUCGCCGCCACCGUCGUUGUCAUCGCUGGUUUCGGCGAUGGACUUGUCGAAAGAGUCAGAGGAGUUGAGUGAGAUCGUUGAGUUGCCGAGUUUGGGGACGAAUUAUGAGUCAGAGCGCUUGAGCAAGGAGUUUGUGUUUGUGGACUCGGUGGAUUGGUGGGGGAUGUACUCCCCGCCAUGGCUGCAGAGCGUGGAAGAUUGUGGGUAUGCAGAUGCUUGCGCUCAAUUGGCAGUGCCGGAGAAUGGAUCAAUAAAUAGCUUUGAAGGGGUACUGCGGGAGUACAAGUACUAGCUAGGGCUCUGUUUUGUGAAUGUGAGUGUCAAUCCCAUCUUUUUCUUUUUCUGUUCUGUGUUUUACGCCUUUCACUUUUUCAAUGAAGGGUUAAAAUUUCUUUCUUUUUUUCCAUUUCUGCGUGUGUUUUUCUGUGUAAACCUCUUCCUCAUCUAACUUUACAGUGUUAGGGUGAAAAGAAGAAAAUGCAUAAAUUUCCUUGCCAUGGUUGUUUCGAAGUGCUAA